UCGCCGCUCUGUCGCGCAGUGUAAACCAACAUGGCGGAAGGCUAGCGGAAUCGUUGUAUGCAUUUAGUCCACAAGGCUUUCAGUUUCUCUUGCAGGACGUGAACACUGCGCUUUAUUUUGCUCCUGGUGCUGAGAGGAGCGUGUGUACAGAGCCCUGCGCUCUACACGAGAUUCUUAUAUUAAAAGGUUGAAAGGAGAGACACCGCAACCAUGGGGCGGCGUUCAACCUCCUCCACCAAGAGUGGGAAGUUUAUGAACCCCACCGACCAGGCCAGAAAGGAGGCCAGGAAAAGGGAGUUAAAAAAGAACAAGAAGCAGCGAAUGAUGGUGAGAGCGGCGGUGCUGAAGAUGAAGGACCCCAGACAGAUCAUCAGAGACAUGGAGAAGCUGGAUGAGAUGGAGUUCAACCCUGUUCAGCAGCCUUUACUGAAUGAGAAGGUUUUGAGGGACAAGAGGAAGAAGUUACGUGAGACAUUUGAACGGAUUGUCCGUCUGUACGAGAGGGAGAACCCCGAAACCUACAAGGAGCUGCGCAAACUGGAACUGGACUAUGAGACCAAACGGGGGCAGCUGGCUCUUUAUUUUGACUCUGUCAAGAAUGCAGAGUCAGUGGAGGUGGACAGUAUCCCUCUUCCCGAUAUGCCUCACGCUCCGUCCAACAUCCACAUCCAGGACAUCCCGUUACCAGGGGCUCAGCCUCCCUCCAUACUGAAGAAAAGCUCAGCUUUUGGCAAAGGACCUCUGUCAUUGUCUGGAUCGCUGAUGGCAACAGUUCCAGGUGUCCCGCGCUUACCUGCAGGGAAAAAGCCCCCGGGGCCCCCACCCGGGCCUCCCCCUCCACAGGUCCUCGCACUCUAUGGCAUUCCCUCCAGACGACCUUACGGCUUAGACACAGAGCCUUCAAUUCCCGGGAUAGGAAACGACUUGGCGAUGGAUCUGGGAAGAGAUCGGGACAGCGGCAGCGACAGCGACCGGGACCGGGAUGACGUGGACGACGACGACAGCGACUCAGAGGACGACAGAGAAGACGAGCGAGACGAAGGGGGAGACGGUGACCAGAGGAUGCGAAUGGAUGACGACAGAGAGGAGGACAGAAACGAAAGACAUGCUGGUCGUAGUGUACGUUUCGCUGAUAUGGCUGCAGAAGCACCUCGCGAAGGAAAGAGGAAGAAGAAGAGAGUGGUGAAGAAGACCAAAGCCAUUACGCCUCUGCAGGCCAUGAUGUUAAGGAUGGCAGGUCAGUCCGUUCCUGAAGAGGAGGAGGAAGAAGAGGUAGAGGAGGAAUACACGGAUGAAUCCGACAGCUCUGACAUUGAGGACAGGGGCCCCCCAGGGGACAGCCAGCCCCACAUUAUGCCCAACCAGCGUCUCCCGCCUCCCACCGGGCCUGUGGGGCAACAGGGGCCUCCGCACAUGCAGGGUCCACCAAUGACCGGGCCUCCACCUCUGGGUCCACCCCCAGCUCCUCCUAUGAGGCCUCCCGGUCCACCCUCAGGCCCACCUCCUGGACCCCCACCAGGUGCUCCUCCCUUCCUGAGGCCUCCUGGGAUGCCUGGAGGAAUGCGCGGUCCAAUGCCUCGUCUGCUGCCUCCUGGCCCACCACCAGGCCGACCACCCGGUCCUCCACCGGGCCCCCCUCCUGGCCUCCCACCGGGCCCUCCACCACGCGGUCCCCCUCCCAGACUACCACCCCCAGCACCACCAGGUAUCCCGCCUCCGCCUCCGAGAGCAGGGGGGCCUCCUCGUCCUCUCGCCCCGCCGCUCUCCCUCUUUCCCCCACCUCUCAACUCCAACGUGCUCAGUGCUCCUCCCAACAUCGUCCAGAGGCAGAAAGGCCCAGGAUCGGGCCCGGACGGUUCACAGAACAGCAUGCCACCCCCCGCCAUGCCCAUGCGACCGGGCGUCAUGCAGAUGCCCCCUCCCCCCGGCACAGCCGCCGCCGUCGGCAACAACCCCCCCGGCCACCACCACGCGGCCACCAUCGAAAAGCGCGCCAACAUCACGUCCGUGGCGGCGGCCGGAGGCGGCCUGGCGGCGGGCGCCGGCUCCGGGGGGGCCACCAUCUCCGCCAAACCUCAAAUUAUCAACCCCAAGGCGGAGGUCACCCGCUUUGUGCCCACGGCGCUGAGGGUACGCAGGGACAAGAGCGGAGCGAUGCCCGGGGCGGCACCCGGGCCAAUGGAGAAAACGUCCGGCGGCAUUGGAGGAAGACGGGGUGAUGAAAGCCUGGGGGUCGGCCAGUGGCAGAAACAGCAGGCGAUGGCAACAACGAUGGGCUUGACCAACCCGGCCCAGAUGGGGGCGGUGUCUCAGAGCAACAUGAAGACUAAAGACCAGGUGUAUGAAGCCUUUAUGAGGGAGAUGGAGGGACUCCUCUAAGACUCAUUUUCAGAAUGGUUCAUUUUGACACUCGCAACAACAGGAGUGCAUUUGUUCUGUGUAUUCUGUGCAGAGCUGUAGAGGUAGCUGAUCAGUUUCUCUUUCUCCACCCAUCAAACGCUUCUCCAUCGUCAGCAUUGGUCUCAGCAGACUCGUCCACGUUUCACCUGGAUACUUUCAUUGAUUUCAUUUCCUGGCAACGUAGAAACUGAUAAUAAUGAACACUAUCCUCUGCACAGAAGUGCUUUUUGUCCUCCAGUAUCUUCUGUUUGUUUUUUAGUUUUUUUUUUUUACCCUACAGCCGCGUUUUCCUCCAGUCAGCUGUUUGUCAUUUGGACAUGGAAAAUCUUUUUGUUGUUAUUUUAUUGUUCUGUUUAACAUCAAAACAAAGGUGUAGAAAAAGAAAAGAUACAUGUCAAACUGUUUGAUCUGCAGCUAAAUAAAUACAUGUUUUAAAGUCA